GCGGCGGUGGCGGCGGCGGCGGCGGCGUUGGCGGCGGUGAGCGCGGGCGCGGGCGGCGGCGCCUGGGGCGGCGCGGGUGCGACCGCCGUUGGGCUGCCGCGCCCUCCUCGCCCUCCGCGCCGGGCUCGGGGACGCCGCGCCGGGGAGGCCGGGCGCCCGGGCACAUCGCGUCAGAGCGUCAGGUACUUUGUGCCAAAUCAUUACCACUUGCCACAUGAGUCUGGAUCAUGACGGGUGCCAAGUAUGUCCUCUGCAGAUGGAAAAACCGAUUAUGGCCUGCAAAGGUCUUGGCCGGAACUGAGGAGUCAGCCAAAAAUAAGGGAAAAAAGGGAUUUUUUCUAAACGUUCAGAUACUUUCCCUGGACAAAAAAAUUAAGGUGAAAAGCAUGGAGGCCAAGAUCCUGAAGAAGUCUCACAUUGAAGACAUUGCUUCCUUGUUAGCGUCGCAGGACAAGGUUCCCACUCCGCCCAUGGAGGAGCUGGCCUACAGGCGGUCGCUCCGCGUGGCUCUGGAUGUUCUGAACGAGAGGACAUGUCCGCGUCCAGAAAGAUCUUCCAGGGAAGAGAAGACCACUCAGUCUCUAAGAGCGAAGCCCACGGAACCGGCCUCCUCGCUCUGCGACCCCAGCCCUUCGCCUCUGCUCCACGAAGACACGUCGGGCCGUCCCGGACCCACGAGGAGGGAGCGUGUGCCCCGGAGGCUGUCCGGCCUGCCUGCUCCCAAGGAGGACCCUGAGUGCCAAGUGGACCGCAGGAAGGGGCUCGGGGGGAGCAGAGGCCCCCACGCCCCGGCCAUCUGCUCCGCUGGAGGGGGAUCCAGAAAACACCGGGUCAACCGGUCGGCGAACCGGACGACGGCUGCCAGUAAAAGGGGGAGGAACCCAGCACGGGGGCCCAGCUCGGGUCAGAGAGCGCCUCCGGCCUCAGCCCUGCGCUCGCCUCCCGGAGGCGGGGACCAGGGUCCCCUGGGUGGCCACCGCGCCAGGUGCCUGUGCCCAGACACGGCUCCGCACGGCCCCGCCCAGCUCGACCCCGCAGAGGAGACGGGAGGUGCCCGGCUGCCAGAGGAAGCCCGUCCGCCUUCUGAGGAGUCGGUGGAGCUGGGUGCGGUGCCCGCGCUCCUGGAGGAGGACGAGGAGGACGAGGAGGACGAGGAGCCCCCGCGGGUCCUCCUGUACCACGAACCACGGUCGUUUGAAGUAGGAAUGCUAGUGUGGCUUAAAUACCAAAAGUACCCCUUCUGGCCGGCAGUGGUCAAGAGCGUCAAGCGAAGAGAGAAGAAGGCGAGCGUGCUGUUCAUCGAGGGAAACAUGGACCCCCGAGGGAAAGGCUUCACGGUGUCUCUCCGUCGCUUGAAGCACUUUGACUGUAAAGAGAAGCAGACGCUGCUGGACGUGGCCAAGGAGGACUUUGACCAGGCCAUCGGCUGGUGUGUCUCUCUCAUCACCGACUACAGGGUCCGGCUUGGCUGCGGCUCCUUCGCCGGCUCGUUCCUGGAAUACUACGCGGCUGACAUAAGCUACCCCGUCCGCAAGUCCAUCCAGCAGGACGUCCAGGGGACCAGGUUCCCUCAGCUGAGCCGGGGGGACCCGGAGGAGCCCUCGGCGGGGAGCCCGCAGGGCCGGAGGGCGGCCUGCAGGAAGGUCCUCCCUGACCGGUCGCGGGCCGCCCGGGACCGAGCCAACCAGAAGCUGGUGGAGUACAUCGUGAAGGCCCGGGGCGCUGAGGGCCACCUGCGGGCCAUCCUGAGGAACAGGAAGCCGUCCAGGUGGCUGGAGACGUUCCUGAGCUCAGGUCCGUACAUGACCUGCGUGGAGACGUACCUGGAGGAUGAGGAGCAGCUGGACCUGGUGGUGAAGUACCUGCAGGGCGUGUGCCAGCAGGCGGGCGGCAGGCUGCUGGCCCGUGGGCGCGGGGACCGCAUCCGCUUCAUCCUGGACGUGCUCCUGCCCGAGGCCAUCAUCUGCGCCAUCUCCGCGGUGGACGCCGUGGACUACAAGACGGCCGAGGAGAAGUACAUUCGAGGCCCGUCGCUCAGCUACCGGGAAAAACAAAUAUUUGACAACCAGCUCCUAGAAGAGAGGAGUCGGCGAUGCUGAGGCCUGUGGAGGCAGUGCCCUGCGCCUGUGCUCUGGAGGACGGGGCAGGGGCGUCUGCCUCCCUGUCUGCGGCUUCUGUUCUCCUGGCUCUUGGGGAAGGUACAGUUCCACCAAAGGCUUUGAAAGGACAGCAGAAACACAUUUUUUUUUUUUCUACUUCACGUCAUUACCUGUGACUACACUAUGUAGAUUCAUAGACGGUGCACGUUUGUUUUCUGUGUUGAAAAGCACUGUACCCGACGUUAAACCGCAGCUUGAAAGACUCUGAUGCGGAUGUUCGGCUCCCGGAAUAUCAGUGUGUUUUUCCGUUUGUUUUCCUCCGUUGUGUGGUUCCUCUUACGACAGCUUCUGAGUUUGCUGUGCCUCUGCUUUGUAUUUUUGAGGAAACCCAUUUGUAAGAGGCAUGACCGGAGACCCGCUGCCUUCCCGGGCUCUAGGCUCUGCUGGGACUCAGGCAGGAGAGCAGACGGACCGGGAAUCUUUCUGGCCUCUUUCCACUCAGUCUCCCGUGGGUUUCCCUGCCCGCCCGUGUCACGGCCCAUGGGGCUGUGACCACCCGCAGGGCAGCUGCUCCCGCCGACCCAGCAUGGCUGAGGUCACUGCAUGCACGGCCUGGGCCAGCGGGUCACGGCCUGGUGCCCCUGGAAAUCUGCCCUUUGUCUGGAAGCCCAAAGCACAGGUGGGUCCCCCCGAUGCGUGAGGGUCUCAGGCUCGGGCCCCACCUUUAGAGACAGUUGUGUGAAGGCCUGGUACUCGACGCGGUCACAGAAACUUCUUUCCAUCCACACACAGUGCAUUAUUUAUUCUAAGCUGAUGGGAGGCCGCCGUGGAAGGAGGCCACCAAGUCCCCGCUGUGACGGCUGCAUCCUGGUGUCUGAGGACAGACGGGCCUCCCUGGAGCCGGUACCGGCCCACGGCCGCCACACAGGGUGCUUGAGGAAAGGCUCUCGCAGGGGACGGGGGGCACGGACCCUGACCCUGACCGGAGGCUGGGUCCCGGCGGGAAGGAGGUGCAGUGAUCACCUCGGGGGGUGGCGGGGGCGUCUCUGCUGGUUUUGUGGCAACCCCGGAGGUCCUGCUGAGCUGCGGCCAGAGCGGCCUGGGCUUGGGAGGACGGCCCUGCCAGCGUCUCCACUGUGGCCUCGCUCCCUUCUAGGAAGGUGGGCUGACAGCGAGCCUCCUUGAAGUGGGUCAGGGUGGAGAGAGGACGCUCUUGUGGGCGCCUGAGGCAUCCACGUGGACUAUCCCGUUACUGUGAGGUGUUUUUAUACAUUUGUGUUCUGAGCUCUGCUUGUGUGGAAUUGAACUACUCAGACUGGAAUUAAACGCCAUUUUG